GCUAAAUAACUGAGAUGGCGGCGUGGACAAAUUCAGUCUUUGUCAAACUACCGAAAGUAACAGAGCGUGUAUAGUGAUUUUUUCAAGAGUUCCUUCUGUGUAAAUUCGACGUGUCAGUGAAUUUUUAUUCAAAUUACAACGAGAUUUAUUAAUUUUUUGAUUUAUAGUGCUAGAUUUGCAUGGUGAAAAUGCGGUGGUACUUGCUAGCUUUGGCGUGUGUGCUGGCGGUCUGCGCCGAGGAGAAGAAGGAGAAAGAUAAAGAAAUCGGCACAGUUAUCGGUAUCGACUUGGGCACCACAUACUCUUGUGUGGGUGUAUACAAGAAUGGACGAGUAGAAAUUAUUGCCAAUGACCAGGGUAACCGUAUCACUCCAUCCUAUGUAGCAUUCACAGCUGACGGCGAGCGUCUCAUUGGUGAUGCAGCCAAGAACCAGCUGACGACUAACCCUGAGAACACAGUCUUUGAUGCUAAGCGUCUAAUUGGUCGUGAAUGGACUGACACCACUGUACAGCAUGAUGUUAAGUUCUUCCCCUUCAAAGUUGUAGAGAAGAACAGCAAACCUCAUGUUGCUGUCAAAACUGCACAAGGUGAAAAGGUCUUCGCCCCUGAAGAGGUCUCAGCCAUGGUUUUAACUAAGAUGAAGGAAACUGCUGAAGCCUACCUCGGCAAGAAGGUCACCCAUGCUGUCGUCACUGUUCCCGCUUACUUCAACGAUGCUCAACGUCAAGCUACUAAAGAUGCUGGAGUGAUCGCUGGUCUUAAUGUCAUGAGAAUCAUCAAUGAGCCUACUGCUGCAGCUAUUGCCUACGGUCUUGACAAGAAGGAUGGUGAAAAGAACGUUCUAGUAUUUGACUUGGGUGGUGGUACUUUCGACGUGUCGCUUUUGACGAUCGAUAAUGGCGUUUUUGAAGUAGUAGCUACCAAUGGUGACACGCAUUUGGGAGGUGAAGACUUCGACCAAAGGGUCAUGGAACACUUCAUCAAGUUAUACAAGAAGAAGAAGGGUAAGGACAUCAGGAAAGACAACCGUGCUGUACAGAAACUGCGUCGUGAAGUCGAGAAAGCUAAGAGAGCCCUUUCAUCCAGCCACCAAGUCAAGAUUGAAAUCGAAUCAUUCUUCGAAGGUGAAGAUUUCUCUGAAACCCUCACUAGGGCUAAGUUUGAGGAAUUGAACAUGGAUCUGUUCAGAUCUACUCUUAAACCAGUACAGAAAGUGUUGGAAGAUGCUGACAUGAACAAGAAGGAUGUUGAUGAAAUUGUGUUGGUCGGAGGUUCUACUCGUAUUCCUAAAGUACAACAGUUGGUUAAAGAAUUCUUCAAUGGCAAAGAGCCUUCCCGAGGCAUCAACCCUGACGAGGCUGUCGCUUAUGGUGCCGCGGUACAAGCUGGAGUACUGAGUGGCGAGCAGGACACUGACGCGAUCGUACUUCUGGACGUCAACCCUCUAACUAUGGGUAUUGAAACCGUCGGUGGAGUUAUGACCAAACUGAUUCCACGUAACACUGUCAUUCCUACCAAGAAAUCUCAGAUCUUCUCCACCGCAAGUGACAACCAACACACAGUCACCAUCCAAGUUUACGAAGGUGAACGUCCAAUGACAAAAGACAACCACUUGCUCGGAAAGUUCGAUCUAACUGGCAUCCCACCUGCGCCCAGAGGAAUCCCGCAAAUCGAGGUUACUUUCGAAAUUGACGCCAAUGGUAUCCUGCAAGUGUCUGCCGAGGAUAAGGGUACAGGAAACAGGGAGAAGAUCGUCAUUACCAACGACCAGAACAGAUUAACGCCUGAGGAUAUUGAGAGAAUGAUCAAGGAUGCAGAGAAGUUUGCUGAUGAUGACAAAAAGCUAAAGGAGCGAGUUGAGUCCAGAAAUGAGCUUGAGAGUUAUGCUUACUCUAUUAAGAACCAGCUUCAGGAUAAGGAGAAACUGGGUGGCAAGGUCUCAGAUGAUGAAAAGACCAAGAUGGAUGAAGCUAUUGAUGCUGCGAUCAAAUGGUUAGAAGACAACCAGGAGGCUGACUCUGAGGACUACAAGAAACAGAAGAAGACAUUGGAAGAUGUUGUACAGCCCAUCAUUGCCAAGUUAUACCAGGGACAAGGUGGUGUGCCUCCCCAGGGCGCUCCCGGUGACGACGACGAGUUCAAAGAUGAAUUGUAACAAAACGAACUGUAAACAGUGUGAUCAUAGCCAAAUGUGAUCUCCGUGCAGGUCACUGCAGAUUACGUACAUGCACAGAACUAUGAUUAUUGCAAUUGUGUUAUUGCGUGAAUUUAUAAAAAUCUUCAUAUAACUUCUAUGUAUCUUAGAAGACUCGGCAAGUGUAUGUUAAAUAAUUGUCUUGUUGUCAUACUUUAAUGUUAGGGCUGAUUUAUAAUUGCAUUUAGUUAUUUAACAAAAUAUCCAUGGAAUUAUGAACUUCAAACUUUUUCAAUGAUGUCUCUCUUAAGAUUAAAACUUACCAAAUAACAAUUCACUCAAUGCAAUUGUAUAUCUCACUGUAGUUGCAUGUUGUGUACAUAACCUGUCACGAUACAUAACUUAGAAUAUGAAGUGUUUAAGAUCGUGUUGUGUAUUUAUUAGUGUGAAUGUAUGAAGUGUAUGUAUGUUGUAUGAACGGAGUGUGGUGGUUCGGCAGGACCGAGUCAUACCUUGUCGAAGCUCUCGUGUUAAAGAAUCUGCAGAUAUGCCAACUACCAUCAUCAACUUGACACUUUUGUUUGGCAUACAUUCUUAGUUGUAGUCAUGUUGGCACAUCUGUAGAACCUUUAUUAACCGCCGCACAUUGUAUGUUUGAAUGAUUGAUUUGUAUAAGUUGAAGCAUUUUUUUUAAUGUAUUGAAAUCAAUUAGAGUCGAGAGUUCCAGAUGCCCGCUAUGCGAUUUUUAGUCUCCCAUCACACUGAGACUACCUCAAUUAUACAUGUAUUUAUAGAUUCAUUCCCGAUAACUGAAUAAUAGUAAUUAAUUGUUUUUUGAGACUGCUGAAUUGUUAGUUCUUAAUUAGCAGUAAUUUAAUUGCACAGGCCAAACGAAUAAGAUUAAUUUACUGUACUGUAAUUUUUAACAUUAUCUCUGCCAAUAUUUUACAGGAACAGCAUUGUCUUUUUCGUUUAGUCUGUGUUUUAUUGUAGUUAAAUAAUAAUAAUUCUUCGGAUAAAGUUAAGUACCAAGGUACAUAAAUAAAAAAAGUUUUCUAUGAA